AUGGCUAAGGUUUUUCUCUAUGUGGCCACUGAAGCCAUCCUCAUCGCAUUGGUGGGUGCAACUCCUCCCUACCACUGGGAUCUCCAAGAGCUCUCAGCUAAUCAGAGCCAUAGCAACCAGUCAGCGAGUGAGCAGAGAGCUUUUGGGGAAUGGCUUCUGACUGCCAAUGGCAGUGAGGUGCAUAAGCACAUACACUUCAGCAGAAGCUUCACAUCAAUAGUCUCUGAGUGGUUUUUAAUUGGCAACACAUCGUAUAAAGUCAGUGCUGCCAGUUCUUUCUACUUCAGUGGUGUGUUUGUUGGAGCAAUCUCCUUUGGCCAGCUCUCGGAUCGCUUCGGGAGGAAGAAAGUCUAUCUCACAGGUUUUGCCAUGGAUAUCUUGUUUGCCAUUGCAAAUGGAUUCUCACCCUCAUAUGAAUUCUUUGCCAUCUCUCGCUUCUUGGUAGGGAUGAUGAAUGGUGGGAUGUCAUUGGUGGCCUUUGUUCUACUGAAUGAAUGUGUGGGUACUGCCUACUGGGCAUUAGCAGGAUCUAUUGGUGGCUUGUUCUUUGCUGUGGGAAUUGCCCAGUAUGCUUUAUUAGGCUACUUCAUUCGUUCCUGGAGGACUCUGGCUGUUGUGGUUAACCUGGAAGGAACAGUCAUCUUUCUUCUCUCUCUAUUCAUUCCAGAGUCCCCUCGCUGGCUGUAUUCACAAGGCCGGCUGAAUGAAGCAGAAGAUGCCCUCUACCUCAUUGCGAAGAGGAACCGCAAGCAGAAGUGCACUUUUUCAUUAAAACUCCCAGCAGAGAGGAGCUCCAGAGAGGCUGGCAGCUUCUUGGAUCUGUUCCGAUAUAAGAUUCUCCUGGGACGCACCUUGAUCAUGAUGUUUACCUGGUUUGUGUGUAGCUUGGUUUACUAUGGUCUUACCCUUAAUGUGGGUGACUUAGGUGGAAGUAUUUAUGCCAAUUUAGCCCUUUCAGGGUUGAUAGAAAUCCCAGCAUACCCGAUUUGUAUUUACUUGAUUAACCAAAAAUGGUUUGGUCGGAAGCGAACGUUGAGUGCGUUUCUGUUCCUGGGAGGACUGGCUUGUCUUAUUGUCAUGUUUCUUCCAAAAAAGAAAGAUACUGGAGUUUUUGCAGUGGUGAAUAGUCGCUCUCUGUCUUUGCUGGGGAAACUGACAAUCAGUGCUGCAUUUAACAUUGUCUACAUCUACACAUCAGAACUUUAUCCCACAGUGAUCAGGAAUGUUGGAAUGGGUGCCUGCUCCAUGUUUUCCCGUGUUGGUGGAAUCAUUGCUCCUUUCGUCCCUUCAUUGAAAUCUGUACAAUGGUCUCUGCCUUACAUUGUGUUUGGAGCGACUGGUCUUUUGUCUGGGCUCUUAAGUUUAUUGUUGCCAGAGACCUUAAACAGCCCUUUGCUAGAAACUAUUUCAGACCUGCAGGUAUGCUCGUACUGGAGGCUGGGUGAUGAAGCCAUGUCAUUGCAAGCCCUAGAUGGCUCACAGUCUGGAGACAAAGACAGUUCUGCAGGGAGUGGAAGUGAAGAUGAGGAGUUUUAUGAUGCUGAUGAAGAGACUCAUAUGAUCAAGUAA